UAACCUCUUCUCACAAAAUACACAUAUCAUCGCUUACUUCAAACCCCCCCUCUGAAAAAUCAUCAUGUCUGGAUACCCCCAUAACACACCGGGAUACGGUGCUCCACCGUCAUCACAGCCAUACUCCUCCGCCCCUUACGGCGCCCCAGCUCAACCCUACGGUGCCCCAGCACAACCUUACGGCGCUCCGGCCCCAGCACAACCCUACGGCGCCCCUGCACAGCCCUACGGCGCAUCACAGCCUCCACAUGGUCACCCUCAACAAUCCCCUUACGCACCGGUAGCCAGUCCAUACGGCGCACCACCGCCUUCAGCCCCUUACGGCGCACAUCCAGAAACUAAACCGCCAAAAGAGAACAAACCCUCAUCCUCCCCCUACGGUGCUCCUCAACCCGGCGGUGGAUACCCACAGGCACAGGGUGGAUACGGCAGCCCGUUUUCGGCUCUUUUGCCGUCGACGUUUCCUCCAGGAACAGAUCCGAACGUGGUGGCGUGCUUCCAGGUCGCCGAUCAGGACGGAAGUGGAAUAAUUGAUGAUAAGGAAUUGCAGAGGGCUUUGUCUUCGUACAAUCAAAGCUUCAGUAUUCGUACUGUUCAUCUUCUUAUGUAUACCUUCACCAACACGAACACUAGGAAGAUCGGACCGAAAGAAUUCACACAAGUGUUCUACAGUUUACAAAAUUGGAGGGCAAAUUUUGAGAAAUUUGAUAGAGAUCGCAGUGGGAAGAUCGAUCAGAAUGAAUUGAGAGAGGCGCUGAUGAGUCUAGGGUUUGCAGUUUCACCUGUUGUUUUAGAUUUGCUGGUUUCCAAGUUUGACAAGACUGGUGGAAAGAACAAAGCUAUCGAAUACGACAACUUCAUUGAAUGUUGCUUGACUGUUAAGGGACUAACUGAAAAGUUCAAGGAGAAGGACACGGCAUACACGGGGAAUGCAACGUUCACAUAUGAAGCGUUCAUGUUGACCGUUUUGCCCUUUCUUAUUGCUUAGGGUUUGUGUCUACAACAAUCUUGUUUAAAAUUAGGUUUGAGUUCCUAUGGUAAAUCAACCUUGCUUGUUUUUUUUUUCUUUAAUGUUCCAUGUAUUUUCAACUUUCUCUGUGAUGUUUUGGUUGCUAAUAAAAUGUUUCACAACUUCUUAA